AUGGGUGAUGUACAUGGUGAUUAUCGAGUAUUUUCGCAAUUAUUGCAUCAUUUAAAUUUAACCACCGAAAUUGGAGGAGAAAUAGAAUUGAAAAAUGAUUUAUUAUUUAUUCAAACAGGAGAUGUAUUAGAUCGAGGACCUGAUGGAUUAAAAAUAUUAAAAAUUCUAAUGAAAGCUAUGGACAAGUAUCAUGAAAGAGUUGAUUUUCUAUUAGGCAACCAUGAACUCAUGAAUUUAUAUGGAAAUUUUUAUUAUGUUCACCAGGAUGAAUACUCGAGUGAAUAUAAAAAUUUGUUACUGGAUGAUCAAUCUCCGAUUAGAAAAUUUCUAUUAGAGAGAAAUAUUGUUCGUCUUGUCGAUGGAGUUAUUUACACUCAUGCUGGACUUGUUUCAUUCUUUAUUGAAAAUGAUCCAACACUCAUGCAAAAUAUUCAAAAUCCAAGUAUGGUUGUGAAAUUGUUAAAUGAGAAAGCAGUUCAUUUGUUGAAACAUGGAACACGAGGAUUUCAUACGAGAUCACCAAAGUCAUUGUUAGGACCAAAAGGACCUUUUUGGACUCGAGAUUUAUCUGACAAUGAGGAUUGUGAAGCUCUUUAUGCAAUUUUGGAUCUUUUAAAUGCUAAUCACAUGGUGGUAGGACAUACUAUUAAAGACGAAGUAACCAUUCUUUGUCAUGAUAAGAAAAGAAAAAAGAGUUUAAUAUGUAUUGAUACUGGAAUGAGUAGUGAAUAUGGAGGUCUGCCAUAUGCUAUCAAAAUUGUGGAUGGAAAAACUUUAUACAUUUACAAUUCAAAAACUAAUGAAACAACAAUGAUCGAUUUGGAAACCAAUGAGAUGUUUGAAUUACUCUUACAGUCGCACCACACUGGCAGCCAUGAUGGAACUAUUAGAAUGAUCAUAAUGACCUGUGUGGUUGCAUUGUUAAUAUUGGCAUGCCUCUUUUUGGCAACACAAAAGAGCAAAGAGGCCAUGGACAUGUCCAGUCAAAUAGGUUCUACACCCUCACCGUCAAUGAUUUCAUCUCCUCCAACCAUACAAUUUAAACUUGACAAUGAAAAGAAAAUUCAAGGAAGUCGAAAGAGUAUUCGAUAUGAUUUUAUUAAUCCUCAGCAUUAUGAAAAUGGUCAUUUACGAAAAACUCUAUAA